GAGGUUUUUCGAAAUAGUUAGAUCUUCAUCAAAUAUACGUUUAUUUUUCGGUCAAAAUCUGUUCAAUUAGUAAAAUUUUGCUUGAGUAUGCCUACCCACCAUGAAUUUUUUACCCGGUGCUACCACCAUUGCCCUGCGACGAGAAAGGGAUGCGAUGUCAAUGUUUUAUGAGAAACGCACUGCUGCCAAUCGACGCAAACACUUUAAACUGUUGGAUCCGCCAAGGCCGGGGCUAAGUUUCUUUUUCCACGGACUUAUUCUUAGUGCAUGUGAACAUUUUACCAUCGAUUUCCUCACUAUAAAAGGAAAAGAAAAUUGCGAUCACUGCGAUGUGUUGCUGCAACUCGGUGCACGACUACCUCAAAACUAUAUUGUGCGCAACUCCCGUUUAAUGGGAAAAUGGGGACUUGAGGAAAAUUCAUCACCGCUCCGCUUUCAACUGAGACGCGGGGAUACUUUUUGGAUGCAGAUACUCCUCACAGUGGAAUCGUUCUACAUUUCAGUAAAUGGUUAUCAUUUUGCCGAAUACGCUCAUCGCAUGCCGUAUAGAUGGCUAGGUGCAAUCGACUUACGCGGUGACAUUGAUGAAAUUGUCAUUGAUAAAUAUUAUGUGACAGAGUAUCCGAUUCGGCUAUCUCAAUCAGUGGCUCGAGCUCUACCGUUUGUCUACGACUCUAGUUUAUUGAAAUGGGUCAAUGAGGAAGCCACUAGAAUGCUACAAAGCUGGGCCUCCCUGGACAAUUUAUCCAAACUGCAGAGAGCUGCAAGGCAAGUAAAUACAAACCUAGCACUUCCAUUUUACGGCCGCGUGCCAAACCACGAAAAGCUCAUAGAGGGACGUGCAGUUCGAAUCGAAGGCCGGGUACGCAUGAUGCCCCAAAGUUUCAGUGUGGCGUUACAGCAGGGCCAGCAAAUUUGGCCACAGCCAACCGUGUCGUUUUAUUUUAGCCCGAGUUUUUUGCGAAAAUCACGCGAUAAAGUUGGUAAAGUAAACAUCACAAGGAGCGCUUAUUUAAAUGGCUCCUGGUUGAAGAGGAAAGUGUCACACCUUCACACAAGUCUAAGACCUGGAAAAGCCUUUGUCAUAUUAAUUGCAUGUCGACCUAACUACUACGAGUUGUUCGUGAACAGAAAACUCUUGCUUGGCUUUAAGCAUCAAAUGAACCCAGAGUGUGUGGAUAUUGUUAAUAUCCGUGGAGACGUGAGGCUCUGGGAUGUAGUCAUCGAGACCACCAGGCUCGGUCGGCCCCGAUCUAACCAAUCAAUCAUCCAACGAGCUAUCAGAACUUUGCGCCAAACUCACAUUGAAUAAUUCCUGAAAAUGUUAUUAAAUAUGUGGCUUUACCCUUCUUCUUGGACGGAAACGCAACCUGUCGAAAGACAUGUUGUACAAAUUUAUAUUUA